CGGGUCUGGGUUCAAACCGGGCGGCGCGGGAGCAGCGCUCAUGGCCAAACAGCUCAGCCGCGAGCAGCAGGGCAUCACCCUCCGCGGCAGCGCAGACAUCGUGGCCGAGUUCUUCUCCUAUGGAAUCAACAGCAUCCUCUACCAGCGGGGCAUCUACCCCCCUGAAACCUUCACCCGCGUCCAGAAAUAUGGGCUCACCCUCCUCGUCACCACCGACUGCGAGCUGAAGAACUACCUCAACAAUGUGGUGGAGCAGAUGAAAGAGUGGCUCUACAAAUGCAUCGUGCAGCGCCUGGUGGUGGUCAUCUCCAGCAUCGAGAACAAUGAGGUGCUGGAGCGGUGGCAAUUUGACAUAGAGUGUGACAAAACCAUCAACGAUCAGAGUGCACCACGAGAAAAAUCUCAGAAAGUUAUUCAGGAAGAAAUUCGAUCUGUCAUCAGACAAAUAACAGCCACAGUAACUUUUCUGCCACUGCUGGAGACUCCCUGUGCCUUUGACUUGCUGAUAUACACAGACAAAGACUUGGCUGUGCCAGAGAAGUGGGAAGAGUCAGGACCACAAUUCAUAGCCAAUUCAGAAGAGGUUCGUCUUCGUUCCUUCACUACUACAAUCCACAAAGUAAAUAGCAUGGUGGCUUACAAGAGGGAUUCCGUUCCCUAAGACGGGGUCGGAGGGGGGAGGUUGUACAUAUCCUGUCACCUUGUAUAGUGUCCGUUCAUAGUGCAGCUAAGUCGUAAACACAUCAUUAAUGUUGCUCUUGCUGGAGUUUGAUACAGAAGAACUGUAACGUGUUUGUCUGUGAUAAGGUGCUGUAACACCGGAGUGAGCUGGCAGUUUUUAAAGAGGUCUGAAGAAAGUGUUUAUAGUGAUAAGUAUAAGCCAAACUAAUGCUGUAUUAAGGAUACUGUAUUCACUACAAAAACUGCCUACAUCUAGGAUUGAUUGCUACAUUGGUGUUCAAAUCCUGUAAUUUAGUAUUCUAAGAUUACUAUGAACUGCCUUCCAUUAGCAGGCUUAGGUUCUCUCUAGCACUAAAAAAUCUGACUCCUGACAUGCUUAUGCUCCAUAUUAAAAGCCUCUGCUGUUUUAUUACCAGAAAUCCUAAAACCAAUCAACAGGACAAUUCUGUAUUUGUACCUGUUUACAAUCAAAGCAGCUGAUUAUCAAAAACAUCUUACACACAUGAAGCCUUCCAUAUUCGUGACUGUUGGAUUAGUUCUGGGGAUGGUGGUGUUUAGGUCACUGUCAUAUGUCUCUAGUGUCUGUCGAGCAUUUUAUAUGUUUGUAUUCCUGUUUUACAGAAUAAAGUUUCAAAUUUUAUAGUGUUCUCUAAUUCAAAGUCUGUAGUAUUUAAUAUUUUAGGUGGUUUCAUACAUGCUACACUUUAGUUUGUAAACUUUCAUAGAACCAAUACCCUAAAGGCAUCCUGCUUCCAUUGUUAAACUGUUUCAUCUGAGUCUCAGAACUACUGUUGUGGAGUCAAUAUGAAAUCCACUCAGGGAUAAGCCCUGAAUGUAAUUUGUUCCCACUUAAGCCUUUUAACAGCCAUAGUGACUUCCACAUUUGUUAAACAGCACAGCACAUUUCCUGCUUUCUUCAAACAUUUUUGUACUGGGAUAAAUUAGGGAUUUAAAAUUGUAAGUGGUAACAGAAAUUCCAGGCUCUUCCAUGUUUUUUUUUUUUCUUGUUUCCUUCACCAAAAUCACUUUAUCCAGAGUAUUUUAACUCUUCCAGAGUUGUAUACUACUUCUUAGAAUAGUAUAAAUUCAGAGGUUUAUUUAAAAAGACUUUCAUUACAUGUACUCCACCACUGUAUUGCAAAACUUCUGGGCUUUCCUACCAGGAAAGUUCUCCAGCAGCCCCAAGACAGAACUGAAAAAGCAGCUUUUGGGCAG